GCACUGUUCUGUUUCCCAAUUACUUUUAUUAACCAGAUAUGGUGACGAAAUUUCUUGCUAUUGGGCUUCUUGGAAGCGCUCUAGUAGCCUUAUCAGAUGCUGCUGCUACCAAAGCUAACCAAAAGGCAGCUACUACCCCCUCUCCCACCGUCGAUGCUUUGCUUGCCGUCACUUCUCCUGCUUGGUUGGCAUCCAUUACACCUAUAACCGGCUUGCCUACUGAGGUGCCUAGUGGUACAGUUCCUACGGGGGCACUCGCCACCAGUAUUCCUGGCUUCAACGUUUCUGCCUAUCCUACAGGAUGGAAGACUCCUCCUAUUGACAGUGAUGAAGUCAAAGCCGUUAUCAGUGCUAUUGACUGGACUAAGGUUCCUGCUGCUCCCACCCGUACGGGAAAGUCCAACGGAGAUCUGGUUAUGACAGGUUAUAACGAGAACACCGACCCUUACUGCUGGUGGAGUGAUACCAAUUGCGUUAAGCCCAAGGUUGAUUACCUCCCAGAGGAUAUUUAUUACUGCCCUCGCCCUGGUGACUGGGGAUUGACAUACGACGAUGGUCCUUUCAACCCAUCCGACUUCAGCAAGUUGAGUGACAGCCCUUGGGCAGAACCUAACCUGUAUAACUUUUUGGCUGCUCAUAACCAAAAAGCAACUUUGUUCUAUAUCGGCUCUAACGUUGUUGGUUUCCCUGCUGCUGCCCAGAGAGCUAUUCAAGAUGGGUUGACAAUCUGCGUUCACACUUGGUCUCAUCCCCAAAUGACCACCAAGUCCAAUGACGAGGUUGUAGCUGAAUUUUACUGGACUCUUCGCUCUAUCAAGGAAUCCACUGGUAUUACUCCUCGCUGCUGGCGUCCACCAUACGGUGAUGUCGAUGAUCGUGUUCGCGCUAUCGCUUGGCAAAUGGGCAUGAGAACCAUCAUCUGGGAUGAAGAUACCAAUGACUGGAACAUGCCUGGCGAUGGUGGCGGUAACCUCUCGCCUAACACUGUUGACGGUUACUUCCAAGGCUGGAUUGACGCAUACAAGAACGGCACUGACAAAACCAACGGUCACAUUGUCUUGGAACACGAAUUGAACAACGCUACCGUCUCCAUGGCUGAAAAGUGGCUCCCCACUCUCCAAACCACUUUCAACGUUGUCCCUGUCCACGAGUGCAUGAAUAUUUCCAACCCAUACUGGGAGGAUAACUUUGUAUACGCUACUGAAAAUGGAACCGCUAGCUCAAGCUCUGCCUCUGCCGACCCCACCACUACCGACAUGUCUUCUGCUUUGUCUACUGCUCCUCCUGCAUCUACAGAAACCUCCAAUGAAGACGGUGCAUUGAGUGCCAGUGCUUCUGCCGAAAGCCAACCAACAUCCGGUUCUUCUGUUAUGACCGUUAGCUCUCUCUCCGCUCUCAUGACCGCAUUCUUCGCUGUGUGCCUAUUGUAGGGGGACUUGUACGGAUAAUAUUAGGUUACAAACAAUGUAUAA